AUUGCGACCUCCGCGUGGGGGGGGCGGGCCGGGGGUUUGCUGCAGCAGGAAGGAAGAAAGGAAGGAACGGGGCGGAGCCACCGGAGCACGGGAAGCAGGACACUCGAGCAGCAGCAGCAGCAGAGCAGCACCUACAGAUGGAGGAGGGGAGUUCGGGAGCAAGAUGACAGAGUGUCCGAAUAAAGCAUUUGCGACCACGCCUGCAUCGAUGUCACUCUCGUUCCUCCUCACAACAGCCGCGAGAGCGAGCUCCCAUGUUCGGUUGCAAAUCCGCUCCCUCGUUUCUGCACAUUCCACGGUCAAUAAUCGGAAUUCCCGCUACCUGUCAUAGACUGCUCACGACGGCUAUUUGAAAUCGGAGGGAAGUUGGAGCUCGUCGGUCUGCAGGAAAUUCGAGAGGGAAAGAACCUGGGGCUUGACGGGAAGGAUUGUCAUCUGCAUGGUGAAGUGCCGAGAAUCAAUCAGCAGCAGCAGCAGCAGCAGCAGCAGCUGAAACUGGAGGAGGGAUUGGGGAUUCGAAUCAGUCGUGGUCGUGGGUAGGAUCAAUCGAAUUGGGCGGUCGAGGGGCUUUUGAAAAUGAGUGCGGAACGGCCGGAACCGGAUGCUGCAGAGAGGAAGUUUAGAAUCAAGUGCUUGAAUUCGUUAGUGAUUGCGCUCAUCGUUGCCGUGUUGGCCAUCGGGACCGUCCCGUUUGUUUCCUUCCCGGAUACUGAUCGAUCGGUGACAUCGGUUGCUGCGUCUGCACAUCAGCAGAAGUCGGGAUUCGAUCAAUGGUGGGCGGAGGGAAAGCGGUUCUUUUGGGGAGCCGAUGCUCCCUGCCCCUGCCAGCAGUUGAGGAAUUUAACUGGGGUCGUAGAGGAUUGCUGUUGCGAGUAUGAAACCGUCUAUUCUCUAAAUCACAAGGUGCUGCAUAAACUUCUGCAGGACAUCGUCAAGCAGCCUUUCUUCCGUUAUUUCAAGGUCAAAUUGUGGUGCGAUUGUCCAUUUUGGCCCGAGGAUGGAAUGUGCCGUCUCAGAGAUUGCAGUGUGUGUGAAUGCCCCGAUGGAGAGUUUCCCGACACCCACAAAAAUGGGCACUUAGGGUUCGAUGAUCCUUCUUGUCAAGAGGGGAAGGCUGUAGCCGCUGUCGAUCGAACCCUGGACAGCAGAGCAUUCAAGGGAUGGACCGAGACUGACAACCCCUGGACUCACGACGACGAGAGGGAUAAUGAGGACAUCACGUACGUGAAUCUGCUCCUGAAUCCCGAGAGGUUCACAGGCUACACAGGGCCGUCGGCGAGACGCAUUUGGGAGGCCAUUUACAAGGAAAAUUGCUUCCCUGAUGCCGAGAGAGACACCUGCGCCGAAGCUCGAGUCCUCUACCGUCUGAUUUCAGGUCUCCACGCUUCGAUUUCGACUCACAUUGCGGCGGAUUAUUUGCUGGACGAGGCGACGAAUUCAUGGGGUCCGAGUCCAGCAUUGUUGCACGAGCGCGUGCUUCAGCACCCAGAGCGAGUCCAGAACCUCUACUUCACAUUUCUCUUCGUUCUCAGGGCAGUCACCAAGGCUGCCGAUUAUCUGUCACAAGCGGAGUACAGCACCGGCAACGAUGCAGAGGACAUGAAGACUGUGGCCCUGAUGAAGGAGCUGGUGAACAACGACAGGCUGCGAGCAGCUUGCCCCCUCCCAUUCGACGAGGCGCAAAUGUGGCGUGGUGUGGACGGCGCGGAGUUGAAGCAGCAGAUCCAGAAGCACUUCAGGAACAUCAGCGCGGUGAUGGAUUGUGUUGGAUGUGAGAAGUGCAGGCUUUGGGGGAAGCUUCAGACUCUUGGACUUGGAACUGCUUUGAAGAUUCUUUUCUCGGUCGAGGCCACACAGCCUUACGGGGUCUACCCACUUGAUCUGCAACGGAACGAAGUGAUUGCUUUGAUCAAUCUUCUGAGCAGACUAUCAGAGUCUCUGGAGUAUGUGCACAACCUAGCACCCUUGAUUACUGCCGAAGCUAUUGCCAAGGUGAGAUGAUCCUUCGAGGCGGAGUCGCGCUCCAUAUGAUCGCUCAAGUUUCGAGUGUGGACUCCAGUUGACAAUUGUAAAGUUAAAACAAUCCACUCACUACUAUUAAAUUUUUUUCCGAUUAUAAACUCGUCAAGACUGGAGCAUGAACUUCGAGAUGAACCCAGUCCUUUUGUUGAGAAUUUUUGUAGCACACACUCUUGUCCGACACGAUUUUAAUAUAGAUACUCACGAGAUCCGGGAUAAUUCUGGAGGUAAUAGGGCUGUUACACGUCCGAGUGUAAGCCCAAGGAGCCUGUUGCAUCAGAAGUUUCCGCGAGUUAUGAAGAAUUUCGGGCUUCGUCAUGGAUGCAAGGAGUAUUUACUGUCACCUGCCAUGGAAGGAGACGGGGAGAUCUCUCACACAGCGAGGGCUGUUUGAAGGCACUGGAUCCUUCCACCGGCCUCGAUUCUACUCAUGAGAAUGGUGUUAAGGAUCUGAGGAAUUUUCGACUGUAAAUUAUGGUAGGAAUCAUACCCAGGGAACUAACUUUAGGGAUUAAAUCUAUCAAUAAAUACAUUACUGUAGAUCCCGUUCACUCC